CGUCGUCACAGAAUUCGAUUCAGGAAGCCAUUACGUUGCGCAGUUUAGUCAAGAAACACUUACUUUUUUACGUAUUCUACGCACUUUUAAAAUAGUUUCUUAAGUCCCAUUCAAAAUAUUAUGGCAUCGCAGGCAAAGAAGAGAAAAAUGAAUUUCUCUGAAAGAGAGGUGGAAAUCAUCGUGGAGGAGAUGGAAAAGCAAAAGCACAUUUUGGUGAACCACUUCAACGCUGGCGUCACUCACAUAGCCAAAAAUAACGCCUGGAUAGAGAUUCUAAAGCGUGUAAACGCUGUGACCAACUGCCAGCGCGAGCUCGUCGAAGUGAAGAAGAAAUGGUCUGAUCUGAAAACCGAGGUUCGUCGUAAAGUGGCGCAAGCUCGCGCAGCGAUAGAGGACACGGGGGACUGCACCACGGUACCGGUUAUUCUUACUGCCAUGCAGCAACGCAUCUGUAACCUGCUUGGGGAAGCCACUAUCAUCAGCUUGCCUCCUGGAGAAUCGGGAGAGCCGAGUGCGGAGAUUGCGGUGCCGGUGACCGUUAGCACAGCCACUACUACCGUUACAUUAACGCAGACAGGUAUUCAGCCAACAUCUGGUGCCACCUGUGAAAUGAAAACUCUAGAAGUAGCUGAGACCACAUACCACACUCUGGAGGAGGGCAUGGUAGAGUACUGCACAACAGAGACACCAGUCACUGUUACAAAUGAAGCCCCUGUGGAGGCUAUGGCAACGCAGUCUGAGUGCUCAGUAAAGCCACAGGAGCUGAAGAGCCGCAUUGCACUGAACUCUGCCAAGCUGUUGCAAGAGCAGCGUGUCACCAACCUACAUGUGCGUGAAAUCGCCCAACACUUGGAGAACCAGAAUGACCUGCUACAGAUGAUCCGCCGCUCACAGGAAGCACAAGCCUGUGCCCAGGAGAGACAAGCACAAGCCCUCGAAGGUACACAGGCCACCCUUCUUGCCCUCAUCCAGAUGUUCAAGCCUGCUCUGAAGGACUUGAGAAAGUUCCUUCAAAAUGCUAACAAUGCUAAUGUAACUGGAAACAUUGAGACUGGCGAGGGGGUGGUGAACCUGCAACAGGUGGAAGAUGGACAAUAAACUGGCAUGUUGUAUUCUAAGGGAAAUUAAUUUUGUGUGUGUUGAAAUAUCCCUGAUAUUGUCCUACAUUAAACCGUUUCAUUUCAAUUUUCAUUUAGAGUGUCCUGUAUUAAAGUGGUUCUCAAAGUGCUGUCUAGGAACCAUAGGCAAUGGAGUUCUUUUUUACUAUUAUUUUUUAAUGGAAUCUGUUUAACAGAUUAAGAGCUCCCUGGCUCCAAUAAGCUGGAGAACUACAUGAUACAUGAAUGUAGACUGUAUGAAUGAUGACAUUAUACUGUCUUUCUUUUUCCAGCUAUAUUUUCAUUUUAAAACCCUCAACUUUUCUCAACUUGCAUGUAAGAAUGAGCUUCCACUAAAUCAACAGGGCCUCUGACGUUGCAAGUCAAUAAACAUGACAAAUUACACUUG